GAGGUUAACAAGAACUCGCGGAGUGGUCCAGGUCAACGCACAACCCUUUGAUCACGAGCAUGUCCCUUCGGUGAAAGAACGGUUCCUUGGGGCACGGCAGCCGGACGAUGUCGUCGUGGAAGUCGCGAUCCGUGAUGUGCUGCCGCAGGUUUUGAUGCAGGAUGCACACAUCCCGCAACGUGCACCGCACGAUCCACGACGCGUCGUUAGGGUGCUCCACGCGAAUGUCAAACCCGAUUUCGAUCGACGAGAAGAUCCCGUUGUUCGCCUUGGACAAGCAAGUGCCUUGGACGCAGCAGUUUGCGUCUGUGAUCGACUUGGACCCUGAAAAAGAAGCAUCCACUGACGAAGAUGACACUCGCGUCACAGACGUAAGCGGGAGCUGCAUCCAGUGCCAGUCCGACGCGUCGACUUCACGAAUGCGGUCGCCUCGAGGCUCCAUCGCUGCGCGGGUGCGGAAGAGAAUGCAUCGAGUAUUUCCCACCUGCACGUGUGAUGUGGCGUUGAAAGCGUAAAACACGUUUAUCCCGUU